AGUGUUGUUGAUGUUAGAGGGCAUCAUAAAAGUACUUAAAAAUGGCAGACGAUAGUGUUUUUAAUGGAGAGGAACAGAAUGACAAGAAAAACAUAAUUAACGAGGAAAGUUCUUGGAAUGAAAACAGUUCAGAUGUUAACCCAGAUGAAGCUAUUCUUGCACAAGUAAAAGAAAUUGAGAGAGAGAUUGCAGAUGUGGUUCCUCUGAUUGGACCUCUAAUUGAUUUGUCCUGCCUUCAGAAUGAGUAUGCAGAUGAUGAUAAGGUAUACAUCCAAAAAAUAAAGGAUUUAAGAAACAAAUACCAGUUCAUGCGAAGGACAAGACCAGAUGGUAACUGCUUUUUCAGAGCCUUUAGCUUUGCAUAUCUUGAAAGUUUAUUACAUGACAAACAAGAAUAUCUCAGAUUUAAAACUGUUGCUGCCAGAAGUAAACCAGAUUUAAUUGCCUUAGGAUUUCCUCAAUUUACUAUAGAAGAUUUUCAUGAUACAUUCAUGGAAGUACUCAAUAAAAUUGAGACACAGAUAUCAGAAGAAGAACUACUUAAUAUAUUGAAUGACCAGGGUUACUCAGACUACAUUGUGGUAUAUAUGAGACUCCUGACUUCUGGAUAUUUACGCAAAGAAGAAGCCUUUUUUUCUAACUUUAUUGAAGGAGACAGGACAGUAUUGGAAUUCUGUCACCAGGAAGUGGAACCUAUGUACAAGGAAAGUGACCAUAUUCAUGUGAUAGCUCUGACUCUCACCCUUGGAGUUGGAGUCAAGAUUCAGUACAUGGAUAGGGGAGAAAGUGAUAAGGUUAAUGCCCACAACUUCCCUGAAGACAAAGCUCCUCGAAUUCAUCUCCUUUAUAGACCAGGCCACUAUGAUAUACUUUAUGAAUGAUUGGAAAAAAAUUAAAGUUUAGCCAUAAAAUCAUUCCAGGUUAUUCCACAGAAAACAAAACACCUUCUGGAUGAAAUGGCUGGUAACACUAGGGUUUUUGUGAUUAGUGUUAUAAACAGCUUUUAAACUUUCAGGUUGUGUUGAUUGAUAUAACAAAUCUUGACCAGUAGCUCUUCUUCCUUUUGCCCAGUGUGUGUCUUUCUUCUCAAGUAUGCUCACUGCAUAUCUGUUAAUCUUUCAGUAUAAGUACUCUUGAUAUUUUAAUAUAUAUAUUUUUUUUCAAUGGAGGUCAGUAGAACAUUUUGUAAGGAGUAAAAAUAACAUUACUUAGUAUCAUGUUACUUCAGUAAAUGUUGUAAAAAAAAUAUACUGUUCUAUUAACAAAAAGCCACUUUGGUCUCCUACAAACUGAUAAAUUUGAGACAACAGGUAUGUAAUUUGAAUAGUUGUUUUGUUGCCAUUGUUUUUUAGAACCUCAUUAAUUUCAGUGUCAUAAGUCUUAAUAAUAUAACAUACAGGAAGAGAAUAGAGGUAUUUUUGCACUACUUAAUUAUAAACUGUUGUUAACUAUGUAAAAGCCAAACAGAAACUUUGAGAAGAAACUAUUAUCUUCAUUCACUGAAUAAAAGAGUAGUUUUUUUUCUUAUAAGCAUAUGUAGAGACCUUGUCUUUUUUUUGUAGAGAAUUUAUUCUAAGCUGCAAUAUUGGUAGUAUCUUAAAUAUUUAAAGAUACUUCUUAAUACUAUAUUUUGAGAACAAUAUCCUUUGGCUUUUGGCAGUUUUUUGCAUCACAGAGGUUUUUAUUUCACUAUGUCUAGACUCUUAUCCACUAGGGUUUAUUUUACCUGCUGAGGUGUAUGAAGACGAAAAAAAAGAAAGGAAAAUAGAAAGAAACAGUUUGCAUGAAUUAUAUUGUACCAUUCAGUGAUUUUAUUUCUUUAUUCUUAUUAAAUCUAAAAUGUUAAAUAAACAAUAAGACUAGUAAUUCUUCAUGACAUCUGGGAUCUUAAUAAGCUUUAGUAAACCUUUCAGAAAAUUUCUUAAUGUCAUAAUCGACUAAAAUAACCCCAUAUCUGCAGUAUAAACAAUAAUAGUUAUAAAAUGAAACAAAAAACAAGAUUUCAUAUUAUUUAAAGUAUGUUUUAUCUCAUUUUACAUAGAAUAAUAAUCAUACAUAUGUAUGUUUCUCAAUCAUAAAUAGUUUAAUUGUAGUUAAAGGUAAUCAUGGAAUUCUGGCUGUUCUUCUUGACCAAUUAUUGCUAUAUUUUUCAGAGGUAUUUUACCAUGAGUAGACAAAGCUCAACUAAGUUUUGGGUUCAGUCUAAGUUUAUAAUUGACUGUGAAGAGUAAAAGACAUUAUAUGGCCAACCAAAUGUGCUUAACCAUAUUAUAGCACUUAUCACUGUUGUUAACUAAAGUUACAAUGUCACUGUGAAGAACUUGUACCUAUGAGUGGCCUAAGUUGAAUUUUUUUUGCAUUAAAAUCCCUUACUAAAUCUAUAAGCUGACCUUUUCCUAUUGUAACAUAUAGAGAAAUAUACACCUAAGGUACAAUUUAGGAGACAGUAAGCUAAAGAAGUUUGUUUAGAAUUAUAAAUGCCCAGUUUAUGUUGCAAUGUAAGAGCAUCUAGUGUCACUACAUCUUGAUGUACAUGCACACAACUUUACAAAGUACAAAAGAAACUCAAAAAACUUAUGAGUACUUCUGGUUAGGAUAUCAAUCAUUGUCAUAAUUAGUAGUCUUCUAUGUCACGAAAGUCUAAUUAUUAAUUAAUUAAUUUUUUGAUUACUGGAUACUAAUUACUAACUAUUUUUUAUCUCACAUUUUGGAUGCUAAUCUGUUGCCAUCUUUAGGGAAGUCCUGAGAAGGACUGUUUCUGUGGUGGUAGAGACCAGGAUUCUGCCAUGGGUCUUUCUGAUAGAGAGGCUGGUGUAUUGUCUACCCUGAGGGAGAGAUCUCAGAUGAUUGUAUAGACUACUAACCAUGACAGUGAUUAAACAUAUUUGUGUAAAGCGAAGAGAAGUAAUUUUGUAACAAAAUAAAUGACCUUAAAAGUCGAAUGUCUCAAUGCCAAAUGGAAGAUCAUGGCUCAUGUUUUAUUAUGUCUCACAAGGUAAAGUUACAACCAUAGUAAUUACAAUGGUAGUUAUCACCUAACAAACUACAUGGCAAGUUCCAGCCAAAAAAAGAAUAAGUCUUGCAAAUUCAUUAAUUUCAACAUGAUUACUUGAAAUAUAAGAAAUCACAUUGUAAAAUGUAGUAUCUGUAAAAAAAAUAAAAAUAGUAUUGUAUAUAUAGAUUAGAUGAAUAAUCUUUUGAUGGUUUUCUCUUAGCUAUAGUUAAAUAUCUGAGAUACACAUUUGUAUAUACGAUAUUAUACAAUUAUUUUAAUAUAGAUUGGUCUAUUGUUUGGAGGAAUUGGUUUAAAUCUAAAACUCAAAUUCAUCUGUAGAAUUACAACAUUUGUACUGUUUAUAGGUUUGCUAAAACACAUUUUAAAUUAUUGGUAUUUAAUAAAAGAAAUCAUACUUA